GCCUCAAUUCGCCUUCCCUUGCACACCGAAUUCUCGAUAAAGACAUCUGGUUUUUUCCCCCUUAUUUUGGUCUCCCUUUCGACGACACCAAGGGGGACAAUUUAGUAGUUAUGUGAAAGAGACACGUAGACAGGCUCUUCAGAAAAUGACAACCGGGAAUCUCGGACUGGUCUUAGUUUUAUUAUUCUUGCAAAGUGCAAGAAUUUUGUGCGACGAUUUUAAAAAACCGACAGUUUUAAUUGGAAUAUUGGUGCGAAAUAAAGCACACACGUUGCCUUAUUUCCUAAGUUUUUUGGAGAAUCUCAAGUAUCCGAAGGAGAGGAUAUCACUUUGGAUUCGAAGUGAUAAUAAUAUUGACAAGUCAAUUGAGAUACUCAACACUUGGUUGGAGCAACAAAAAACAAAAUACCAUGCUGUGGAUUUCCUAUUUGAUGAUAAGUCUAAGGGCUUUGAUGAUGAGAAAGGAAUUGCUGAUUGGUCGCCCACGAGAUUUUCUAACAUCAUCAAAUUGAGGGAAGAAGCAGUUCAUCAUGCUCGAAAAAUAUGGGCUGAUUUUAUUUUUAUGCUGGAUGCUGACGUAUUUUUGACAAAUCCAAACACUUUGGACCAUUUGGUUUCAAAAAAUUUGACUGUCAUCGCACCUUUAUUAAAGUCGGAUGGGAUGUAUAGCAAUUUCUGGGCUGGUAUGACACCAGAUUAUUACUAUAUGAGAACUGAUAGAUAUAAACCAAUUCUCAGAGGAGAAGAUUUAGGAUGCUUCGCAGUUCCUAUGGUCCACACUGCGGUACUCGUUGAUUUAAGGAGAAAAAUGAGCAGCUCCUUGACCUACUCAUCAGAAAAUUUAGAGAACUUUGAUGGACCCAGAGAUGAUAUAAUAACUUUUGCCCUAGCAGCCAAUCGUUCUGGUAAUUGCAAACAAUUUUAUAUGUAUUUUUUCACUAUUUUAUUUCCUCGAUCAAACCAGAUAGUUAAUUUUGUUUUUACUACAGGGGUACCUCUGCACAUCUGUAACGAUCAUAUCUAUGGUUUUAUUACAGUACCAUUAGACAAUCGAGAAGGAAUCGAUCAUGACAAACAACAAAUGACGAACAUAAAACUAGAAAUUUUGGCUUUUCAGGAAAGUCUUCCUCUAUCCGAAAACUUGAACAAAUUCGUUAGCUAUCCGAAAAAGGACACUAUGUCGAUGUCGAAUAUUUACAUGAUUAAUUUGUUGAGGAGGCCGGAAAGAAGGAGACGAAUGCAGAAUUGCUUUGAUGAAUUAGGAAUUGCAGCGGAAGUAAUUGACGCGGUAGAUGGACGAACAUUAAACCAUACUAUUUUAAAGUCGAUGGGUAUAACGUUGAUGUCUGGAUACGCUGAUCCUUAUCAUAAGAGACCAAUGACCAUGGGAGAAAUAGGCUGCUUUCUUAGUCACUAUCACGUUUGGAACAAGGUGAUUGAAAAAAACUAUGAAAGCGUAAUGGUUCUCGAGGACGACGUUCGGUUUGAGCCAUAUUUCCGGCAAAAGGUUCACUUUGUAUUAAACGAACUUCAGAGAUUGAAUAUGGAAUGGGAUCUUGUGUAUAUUGGAAGAAAACGGAUGCAGGAACAAGAGGAACCCUUGGUUCAAGGUUCGCAAUAUCUUGUACACGCUGGUUACAGUUAUUGGACUCUGGGUUAUAUUUUAUCAGCACGAGGAGCAAAGAAACUGCUUGCAGCACAACCUCUCAAAAAUAUGGUACCUGUGGAUGAAUAUCUGCCGAUCCUUUUCGACAAACAUCCAAGAUUUAUUUGGAAGGAACAAUUUCCAGAAAGAAAUCUAGUCGCGCUCUCAGCAGCUCCACUUCUCGUUUACCCGACCCACUACACUGGAGAAAGCGGCUACAUAAGUGAUACUGAGGAUUCAAAAGUUGUGGCUUCAAAAGCAGAAGCAGCAAACAUGUCGAACAGUCGGGAGGAAUUAUAGCCUAUUAGCUAUAGUUACCACUUUUUCACAGUCAUAUGGAGUAUGUAGAGUUCGCGAAGUCCACACUAGGUAGAGUCUUAAGGCUAAAGUGUGAACGAGUUUUAGUGAUUUCUGUCUCCCCUAGGUGGCGUCUGUGUUGAUGCUUGUGUGGUAGAAGGGGAAGAUCAGGAAUAUAGGAACAUGGCGGGCAUGUAAAUAACGAGUGAGUGAUUAUAAUAAUCACGUCUCCAAAUUAUUUACAUUUUCUGUUUGAAACAAAUUUACAUUAUUUUUAUUUCUAAAUUGAAAAAGGGACCGAUCUGUUCGGAGUGGUACUAAAGUGUUGUGCUUAAUGUCUCUGUUUAAAUAUUUUUUCAGUUAGAAUUAUGGAAAGAAUAAUUUGCACAAGCAAACCAUUUCAUGUAAUAUAUAAAAACCGCAAUUCAUUUUUGAUCAUGCGCUAUUUGAUGUUUUUUAUAUUGCAUGAAACGGUUUGUUUACGUAAAUAAUUCUUGCUGUAAAUCUAAAUUUAAAAAUAUAUUAAAAUUAGCAUGGAAUGGUUGGAGAAGCGGGUGGAUGGGUUGCCGGAAUAGAGCUGUAGGUCGUUCUAUCUCCACUAGAUGGCGCCGUUUCGUUACGUUACUAAGUUCAUAUUUUUUAAUAUGGGACUCUACGCAGUGUGGCGAAGUCGACUGAUGAGAAAAAUGUAAAUCAAAAAGCAUCAAAGUUGCCAUAUUCGUGCCAUUUGUUUAUAAAACUUGUCUUUCAAUUUAUUAUAUACUCCAAGUUUUAAUUUUUUGACGCGUUUUUACAAUUAUUAUUGUAUAUUGCAUAUUUCUAGUUUUAUGUAUACACUUUUUAUGCGACAAACGCAAACCUGCAAUUCAUGUGAAUAUUUUUCUGAAAUCGAAAAGCAAGUUUUUUAUUCGUACAUAAUUAAGUUUUAUCAUCGCGCAAAAACGCGCUCUUAAUGUAAUGUUAAAAUCUUACAAUGAGGUGAGAUCGCGAUUUUAAAUCGUCCUGAGGAUGUCUAGUCUCAUUAGAAGUAUGUAACUCUGAGAUUUUAAUUAGUAUCGAAAAAUGACAGAUUAUAUUUUUUGUGCCAGGAGGGGUUUAAAAAAUCCCCUUUUUUAUAUGAAUAUAGUUUCCCUUUGGAAAUAGAUUUUGUAAACUUUAUAAUUUUAUACCACCGUUAUGCGUACCGCAUAAUGUUGAUUUAAAACAUCUGUCAAUGCAGAUUACAUUUGUUUGAUAACUGAUGUCUGCGAAACAUGAGCUUCUAUUUCUAUAAGAAUUAUUAUUGAGGAAAAUUUUUUGUAGAGAUAUAAAUGUUACCUGUUUCAAAUAAUUCGAGUGCCAAAAUAAUUUUUAUAAACUAUAUCAUUAUAUUGACAUUAUUAUUGUUAUUUAAAAUGAAUCUC